GGUUGUGAGCCACCAUAUGGUUGCUGGGAUUUGAACUCAGGACCUUUGGAAGAGCAGUCAGUGCUCUUAACCGCUGAGCCAUCUCCAGCCCCUGUAAACCUUUAUUAACAUGGGUUUUUUAAUUUAUUUUUAUCAUAUAUAUAGAGAUAGACGCUUUGCCUGCAUAUAUGUCUGUGUACUUCCUUUGUUUUGUCUUGUUUUAGACAGUAGAUUUAAAUUGGUUUUGUUGCCUACACUGGCCUCCAGCUUUCAGUAACCUGAAGUGCUGGGAGUUGCAGAGUGGGCUGGGCUAGCUCAGACUAGACUCCAACUGAGAUGAGUUUUCCACCCUCCUCCCUGAGCCUCCUGGGUUCUAGAACUUCUGGCACAUGCUAACAUGCUGGCGUUUUCCAGUUCUCUCUUUUUAGUGCAAAAGCCAAGUGUGAUGGCACAUGUGUGCCUUUAAUCCCAGGCAGAGACUGCCAGGUCUCUGAGUUUGAGGCGAGCCCGUUCUGCAUAGUUAAUUCUAGGUCAAUCAGAGUUAUACAGUGAGACCAUGUUUCAAUAAAUAAAUAGCUGAGUGUGGUGCUGCAUUCCUUUAGUCUCCAUAUGUGGACAGCAGAGGCAGGUCUACAAGGUGAGUUCCAGAUCAGCCCUGGACUAUAGUGAGACUGUUUCGUGGGGGGGUGGGGCAGUAAUUGAAAGUCUGUAUUUGGUUAGGGGAGGCACAUGUCCUAUGUCAUGCAUGUGGACGUCAGAGAACAGAAUUUGGGGAGUCUGUCCUCAUCUUUCAUCUUGUUUCUGGCCCAUCUCCAUGUAGUCCAGGCUAACUGGUUAGCCAGUGGGUUCCCAGACAAUCCUUCCUGUCUCUGCCUCCCACCUCCAUGUGAGAAUGCCAGGGUUUCAGAUUUGAGCCACUGUGCUGGGCCUUGUAUAGGUUUCUGGAAUUGAACUAGGGUGGCUGUGUUGUCAUGGUUUGUACUAAGCUAUCUUUCUGCCCUUGACGUCAUCUAUAGUCACUCUUGGGACUUAAUUCCCUCACCCCUGAACAGCAUGCAUCAUUAUGUCAGCACCCCCCUCUCUGUCCCUGGUUUCUCUCCAGCCAGCUGCCCACCCUACCAUCCUGAGAUCCUGAGCACAGGUCGUAAGUGACCUACUUAAUGAUGAACAGGAAGUUGGAAACCAAGGUUAAAGGCUGUUCUUGGUCCUGUUGCCCAGGGUGUACACAGGGACUGUUGUGCCUCGGCCCAGGAGCCUGGGUGACGACAGAGUAUACCUCUUCCCCUCUCUGAGGACCACUGCUGGUUGCCUCUGGCCUGCUUCUAGAGGAUAGAGGUAGAGAGUGGCCAGCUGCUGCCAGCCUCUGACCCCUGUCCUCUGCACCACAGGUUUUAUUCCCUCUGCAGUUAUGGGACGAAGAAAGUCCAAACGGAAGCCGCCCCCAAAAAAGAAGAUGACAGGCACCCUGGAGACCCAGUUCACCUGCCCUUUCUGCAACCACGAGAAGUCUUGUGAUGUGAAAAUGGACCGUGCUCGAAACACUGGAGUCAUCUCCUGUACUGUGUGCCUAGAGGAAUUCCAGACACCCAUCACAUACCUGUCAGAACCAGUGGAUGUGUACAGCGACUGGAUAGAUGCCUGCGAGGCAGCCAAUCAGUAGCAAAGUCAGGGACCUGCUCCUCCACAGCCCCCAUCUGGCUACCAAUCCAGAGACAUUCCAGGGCUAGGACAGCCCGCCCUCUGCAGAUGGGAUGGAUGUGAGUGAGUAGAUUUCGUGGCUGCAGAUGUGACUGUAGGGAUGGAGGCGAGCGACACUGGGUCUCACCAAGCAGCCCAGGGUGGCCUCAUGGAACCCUGAGCCUCAGGUGACUCUACAAGCCUUUGAGUUGCUCCCAUCUUCAGCCCCCACCCUGCCCCCACACUUCAGGCUCCUGUCUUCUCUGGUGACGGUUCCUGACAUCCAGGCAAGGAAUAGCUGUGGGACCUCCUGUCUCCUCAGCCACCUCACCAGCACCUUGCCCUUGGGACCUAGACUUUCUGUCCUUCCCAGUCUCCUAGUGCUUGUGGUCGAGGCUACUGGCCACCCAGGUCCCCUGGCUGGGCUCGGCUGGGGAACACCAUUUUCUUGGUUUGCCUUUGUAGACAAGGUAGGGGCUAGUUGGGGUACAGCUGUCAUUCAUUCAUGAGCCCAUCAAUAAAACAGCCAGUGUGUAUCCCC